AUGGGACCUUCACGAUUAGAUAAUGAAGAAGCUGCGAGCUUUCAAUCUGAUUAUGUUCCAUCCAUGGUGAUUAGAGAGCAUAACAAGCAUAUUAUUCAACCACCUAAUUUCUCAUCACAUUCCAUCUCAAAGUAUUUUAGAACGAGGAUACCAUCCAUGUUUUUAACAAGAGACGAGAUAGAUCAAUUUACCUGGAAUGACGUGUUUAAUCCUUUCUCUUCGCUCAAAGAAAUGAAUGGUCGUCAGUGGAAUUUCUUUCUAGUUGGUUUCGCUGGUUGGACUUGGGAUGCGUUUGAUUUUUUCCUUGUUAGUUUGAAUGUUCUGUCUAUUGCAAAGGAUCUCGACAAAAGUGUCAAGGAUAUCACUUGGGGCAUUACUUUGGUGCUUAUGCUCAGAUCAGUUGGUGCCAUUAUUUUUGGAUUAUGGGGUGAUAGAUAUGGAAGAAAAUGGCCUUAUAUUACAAACAUGUUCCUUUUGGUUAUUCUUCAAAUAGCUUGUGGGUUUGUUAAAGAUUACAAAUCUUUUUUGGGGGUUAGAGCAUUAUUUGGAAUCGCCAUGGGUGGUAUGUUUGGGAACUGUGCAGCUUGUGCUUGUAUGUAUUUUAUCAAUCGCAACGGCGCCAAAUUUUACAAUUGGGUUACUAACAGUCUAUAUAGUGGAUGAUGCACCAAAGAAAACAAGAGGCUUCUUGUCAGGAGCGUUUCAACAAGGAUAUGCUUUGUAUGUAUCAUCUUUUCAAUUAUAUUUCUAGAACGACAGAUACUAAUUUAAUUUAGCGGAUAUUUAUUGGUUGUUAUAUUCCAGCGUGCUAUUACGGACAAUUCAAAAUAUAGUUGGAGAGCAUUAUUCUGGUUUUCAGCUGGUCCUGCAGCAAUUUUCAUGGUUUGGAGGUUCUUCUUACCCGAAACAGAUACAUUCUUGAGGCAAAAGCAAAAGUUAUACGAAAAUAACGAGAAAAAAAAGCUGAAGGUUUUUGAGUUUAGCCAAGAAGGAAAAAAAGCCGUUAAAAGUUACUGGCUUGUCCUACUUUAUACCGUCUUUUUGAUGUCCGGUUUCAAUUUCAUGUCCCAUGGUUCCCAGGAUUUGUAUCCUACUUUACUAACAAAGCAAUAUGAGUUUAGUGCCGAUCGUUCUACUGUUACUAACUCUGUGGCCAAUUUAGGUGCAAUCACGGGUGGUAUGAUUCUUGGUCAUAUGUCUACUUUCAUUGGACGUAGACUAGCAAUUGUCGUAGGAUGUGUACUUGGUGGUGCCAUGAUAUAUCCAUGGGCCUUUAUAAAAGGUUCGGGUAUCAACGCCGGUGCAUUUUUCUUACAAGCUGGGGUUCAAGGCGCCUGGGGUGUUGUUCCUAUUCAUCUUUCUGAAUUAUCUCCACCACAGUUCAGAUCUUUUGUUACUGGUCUUUCUUAUCAACUAGGUAACUUAUGCUCCAGUGCUAGUUCGACUAUUGAAAGUACAAUAGGUGAGAGGUUUCCAAUUCACAGAGAAGGUGAAGAAGAUAUAUAUGAUUACGCAAAAGUGAUGCUGAUUUUUAUGGGAUGUGUGUUUGCAUAUUUGAUCAUAGUUACCGUUUUUGGUCCAGAAAAUAGAGGUGCUGAUUUAGGAAUUGAAAGAGAUGAAAUACUUGAUGAUGACAUUCACGAUGUCACUCAAAAAUCGAUUGAUUCGAUUGAACAUUAUAAACCCGAAAAAGACGAAAAGAAGCCAGCAAUAAUUCACGUAGAAUAA